AUGUUUAUUAUUCAGAAUAUCACCGUCCUCAAUCUCCGUCCUCACGAGCCUUUUCCAACAUAUCAGUGUAUAUUUAUCAGCAACGAUAAGAUGAGCGUGGUCGGAUUUGAUAUCGGGAACGAGAGUUGUGUUGUGGCAGUUUCCAGACAAAGGGGAAUCGGUGUUGUUGUUAAUGAUGAGUCAAAGCGUGAGACUCCUGCACUUCAGGAUAUCAAGGUUUUUCCCUUUUCUGUCAAAGAAGGACCUGAUGGUUUUCCAUUCAUACAUGUACGUUAUCUUGGGGAGCAAAAGUCGUUUACACAAACACAGGUUAUGGGAAUGGCGCUUUCAAACAUGAAAAAAUUAGCAGAGAAGAAUUUGAAUGCAGAAGUUGUGGAUUGUUGCAUUGGGAUACCUAUUUACUUCAUUGAUCUUCAAAGAAGAGCUGUGAUCGAUGCAUCUACUAUAGCCGGUUUGCACCCUCUUCGUUUGAUGCAUGAAACAACAGCAACUGCUUUGGCUUAUGGAAUAUCCAAAACCGACUUACCUGAAAAUGAGCAGCUCAAUGUAGCCUUUGUUGACAUUGGACAUACCAGCAUGCAAGUAAGCAUAGCAGGGUUCAAGAAAGGUCAAAUGAAGAUAUUGGCUCAUUCCUUUGACCGAAGCCUCGGAGGGAGGGAUUUUGAUGAGGUUUUGUUCCAUCACUUUGCUGAAAAGUUCAAGAUUGAAUACAAAAUUGAUGUUUUCCAGAAUGCAAGAGCUUGCCUCAGGCUUCGUGCUGCUUGUGAGAAGCUAAAAAAGAUGCUUAGUACAAAUCCAGAGGCCCCUAUAAACAUGCAGCGCUUGAUGGAUGACAAGGAUGUUGGAGGGUUUAUAAAAAGAGAUGAAUUUGAACAAAUUAGUGCCCUGAUAUUGGAACGUGUAAAGAAGCCUUUUGAGAAUGCUCUUUUAGAGGCUCAACUCAGGGCUGAUAAUAUUUAUGCUGUGGAAGUGGUUGGUUCGGGUUCUAGGGUGCCAGCUGUCAUCAAGAUUUUGACAGAAUUCUUCGGGAAAAAGCUGACAUGUACAAUGAAUAUAAGUGAGAGUGUCGCUAAAGGUUGUGCUUUGCAAUGCGCUAUUCUUAGUCCUACGUAUAGAGCUAGAGACUUCAUGCUAUAUGCUCUGCAAGAGUUGUUCCUGUUUUCAAUUGCCAUGACAUGGCACUUUUCUUACCAAGAUUCCAUGUAUGGAAAUGUGGAGGAGCAAAAAAGCACUAUUGCUUUCCCUAAGGGAAAUCCAAUUCCAUGUGUGAAAGGCACCAGCAAAGAUCAGUAUUUACAAGAUUGGUCCCUUCAAAACAAAAAAUGA